GUUCUUGGAUCGGCGCCAGGCACCACCUGGCGGCGCUUCUGGCGCCGUCCUUCGCCGCCCCUGGCGCGCGCCAGGGCGGGCGGGGGGGAUCAGCGCAGAUAGAAGGAAUCCGCGCGGACCUCCAACAGUUUGUGUGCGCACGCGCCGAUGCUCCCUCCGCCUCCUGUCUUAUCGCGCCGAUGCUCCCCCCCCCUGCCCGCCGCCGCGUGCAGGCGCGCUGGGGAUCGAGGGCGGGUCUGGGCAAGCCUGGUGGUGGGGGGGGAGGAGGCCAGGCAGUGCUGGGCGGAGACUUACAGCGCGGCUCGUGGCGCGUGCUGGGCGGUGCGCCAGCUGCACGAGCCCCACCGCCGCCGCCGCUCGGGCUUCCCAACACAGGGGCCUUUCCGCGUCCCGCCGCUGGCCGCAUCGCCUUGCGACGGCGCCGCUGGCGGCGACGCGCGCCUUUGCCGCGCGCCGUCUUCUGGGGCAACAGCAGACGGGGGCUCCCGCGCCCGAGCCCACGCCUUGUUAGGGGACGGCGGCCGUGCCCGAGCUCGCCGCAGAGACUCCCAGACCGCCUCGCGGACCGUCUCGGGCCGCCUCGCGGAAACGGCGCGGCCCUCUCUCGCUGACCACGUGCUCCUCGAAGAGAGCGGCCUCUGCGCCGCGGCGGCCCCCGUCCCGCCGCACCUGGGGCAAGGGCCCGAGGUGGGUCUUUCCCUCCGGCUCCCUCGCUGGCGCGGCUUCCUUCGGGAUCGGCCACGGUCCUCGCUGGUCUCUGCACCUGGAC